AGCCGAAGAUGUCGGCUCGGUCAUGUAAUCAGCUGUGUCCAAUCACAGCUGAUCACAUGGGACAUGUACACUGAUCAUCAGGGCACUGAUGAUCAGUGUGCCCUGAUGAUCAGUGUAGCCCCAGAAGUGCCACCUGUCAGUGUCCAUCAGUGCCAGCUGCCAGUGCUGAACAGUGCCACAUGCCAGUGCCACAUCAAUGCCACAUAUCAGUGCCUACCAGUGCACAUCAAUGCCACAUAUCAGUGCCCAUCUGAGCUGCCUUUCGGUGUCACCCAUCAGUGCCAGUCAGUGCCACCUAUCAAUACCAAUCAGUGCCACCUAUCAGUGCUGCCGAUCAGU